GUCGCCUCCUCUCUUGUUGCCUGCUGGAUAUCAGAUACACAUUGGUACCUUUGUAGCCUAGCAAGACAGUAGUCCAGCGUCUCCGUCCGUCCAUCUCAAGAUGGGGUACCUCACCACCUACCUCGCCGCCUACGGCACAGUCUCCCUGCCCACCCUCCUCCUCAUCCUCUACUUCACCGACAACUUCCACCCCUUUCGCUUCCUCCGCGAGUCUUCUCCGUAUGCAUGGGCUAUGACUGGUAUCGGACUCUGCAUCGGCAUGUCCGUAUCGGGUGCGGCUUGGGGAAUCUACAUUACCGGCGCUUCCAUCCUAGGAGCUGGUGUGAGGGCGCCUAGGAUUACCACAAAGAACUUGAUCAGUAUCAUCUUCUGCGAGGUCACUGCCAUCUAUGGAGUCAUCAUUUCCAUUGUCUUCAGUGCAAAGAUCAAUGGUAGUCUGGGAGAGGAGGGAUUGUGGACAAGAGACAACUACUUCACAGGGCACCUCAUCUUCUGGGGAGGCAUCACAACUGGACUCUGUAACCUCAUCGGAGGAGCUUCCGUCGGUAUCACAGGAGCUAAUGCAGCAGUAGCAGACGCAGCAGACGGCCAGCUCUUCAUCAAGAUCCUCAUUGUUGAGAUCUUCUCGAGUAUUAUCCCUAUGUUCGGCCUUAUCGUGGCACUCUUGAUGACGGCCAGCACAAAGGAGUUUGCAUAGAGGGACACAUCAAAGGAACGAGGGACGGGCCGGCCCCAGCAGCGGAGCAGGCGGACGUCAGGGCCGUAGCGGUAUGCGAUCAAGCUGAAAGACAGUAC